AUGUCAAUAGUUGCAAGAAGAUUCUUUUCAGGAACAAGAGUCAAAUUGGAUACUCUUGCUUUAUUAGAAGGUACCAAUGGUAAACCAACCCCAGCAUCCUUAUCUACAAUUGCUGCAGCCAUUGAAAUUGGAAAACCAAUAACUGCAUUAAUACUUGGUUCUAAUGCUGAUUCAAUUGCUGCUGAAGUUGCCAAGACUAAAGGGGUUGACAAUGUAUUGAUUUCUAAAGAUUCUAAAUAUGAUCAUCUUUUAGCUGAAGAAGUUACCCCAUUAAUUAAACAAAUUAUUCAAGGUGAUGGUUCAAAUUAUACUCAUUUUUUAACUCCAAAUUCAUCAGUAGGGAAAUCAGUUCUUCCAAGAUUAGGAGCAUUAUUAGAUGUUCAACCAAUUUCAGAAGUUAUUAAAGUUAUUGAUGUUGAUACAUUUAUGCGUCCAAUCUAUGCUGGUAAUGCUUUAGCAACUGUUAAAUCAAAAGAUAGUAUUAUUCUUGCAUCAAUUAGAGCUUCAGCUUUUGCUCCAAUAGAAGAAACCACUGGACAAGCAGUGACCAUUGAAGAAGUAUCCCAAUCUAGUGAAUCUGGUUCUCGUACUGAAUUUGUUUCUGAAGAGUUAAUUAGUUCUGAAAGACCAGAAUUAGGUUCUGCAACUAGAGUUGUUGCUGGUGGUCGUGGGUUAAAGAAUAAAGAAACUUUUGAAAAAUUAAUUGAACCACUUGCAUCUAAAUUAAAUGCAGCAAUUGGUGCCCUGAGAGCAGCAGUUGAUUCUGGAUUUUGUGAUAAUUCUUUACAAGUUGGACAAACUGGUAAGAUUGUUGCCCCAGAUUUAUAUAUUGCCGUGGGAAUUUCUGGUGCUAUUCAACAUUUAGCUGGGAUGAAGGAUGCAAAGACUAUUGUUGCAAUUAAUAAAGAUUCGGAAGCGGCUAUUUUUAAUGUUGCUGAUGUUGGAUUAGUUGGGGAUCUUAACGAAAUCGUUCCUGAAUUAAUUGAAAAGUUGUGA